CUGCGACUCCGGAAGUUCUUUUCGGGGUGUGUCUGGUUUGUAAAUAAUAAAAGGGAGGCGUCAAGGUAAAAUUUUCCUGUGACGGAAAGACUCCUGACACUUGCAGCCUCGGGUAAAGCUCGACAACACAAUGGCAUCUCCAUCUCCUCUGACCAAGGCGAACACCUCCUUCUGCUUGGCUCUGCUCAAACAGCUGGGCGACAACGACAAGGCUGCUAAUGUCUUCUACUCCCCGUUCAGCAUCUCCUCGGCCCUGGCUAUGGUGAUGCUGGGGGCCAGAGGCAACACGGCCGCGCAGAUGUCAGAGGUUCUUCGCUUCACUGGGGUAGAGAAGCCGAAGGAAGGAGGAGCACAGCAGAUGCAGAUGCAACAGCAGUCUUCUUCUCAACUGCCGCAAAUUCUGAAGUGCCUGAAAAACAAGGAUAGCGGAGACGGCGUCCACGCUAGCUUUGCCCAGCUGAUCGCCGAGCUCAACAAGUCAGAUGCUCCGUAUGCCCUCAGUGUGGCCAACAGGCUGUAUGGGGAGCAGUCCUACCAGUUUGUUGAGGAGUUCCUCGGGAAAACCAGGAAGCAUUACAAUGCAGAGCUGGAGAAAGUGGACUUCGCUGGAAACGCAGAAGCAGCCAGGCUCAACAUCAACAGCUGGGUGGAGAAACAGACACGAGAUAAAAUUAAGAACUUGCUGGCCUCAGGCGUGGUCAACAGCAUGACCAGGAUGGUGCUGGUCAACGCCAUAUACUUCAAAGGAAACUGGGACAGGCAGUUUCAGGAGAGCGAAACACAGGAUGCUCCAUUCAGACUCAGCAAGAAUUCCACCAAGCAAGUGAAGAUGAUGCACCAGAAAGCCAAGUUCCCUUUGACCUACAUCGCUGACGUUUCCUGUCAGGUUCUGGAGUUGCCUUACAAGGAGAAGGAGCUCAGCAUGCUCAUCUUUCUACCCAUGGACAUAGAGGACAGCACUACAGGUCUGGAGAAGCUGGAAAAGGCGCUGACCUACGAGAACUUUGUGGAGUGGACCCGCCCUGACAUGAUGGAUACAGGCGAGGUCCAAGUGGGCCUGCCCCGGUUCAAGUUGGAGGAGAAGUACGACAUGAAGAGUGUCCUGGUCAGCAUGGGCAUGGAGGACGCAUUCGACAUGGCGAGGAGCGACUUCUCUGGCAUGUCUCCCGGCAACGACCUGGUGCUCUCAGAAGUCGUCCACAAGGCUUUCGUGGAGGUCAACGAGGAGGGAACCGAGGCCGCUGCCGCCACUGGCGCCAUCAUGAUGCUGCGCUGCGCACCCAUGCGUCCGUCCAGUUUCAUCGCCGACCACCCCUUCCUCUUCUUCAUCCGACACAACCCCAGCAUGAGCGUUCUGUUUGCUGGCCGCUACUGCUCCCCGGAGUAAGCGCUACAUCGGUUGUUGUUUUCUCAACUGGAGGGAGGUUACUGAACAUCUCAAAUGCAAUCAAAUAAAAUCACUGGAGGAAUGUUGAGAAUAACUAAGCUUGCCAUUGCUAAUCACACUCUGAGUUACCAUCAUACACUCUCCGCAUCAGAAUCAUGAGUAAAAACUGUUGGAUUUUUUUUUUUAAACUGUGGCUCAGUAAAUUUGAAGUGCCUUUCUGGAGACUGAGUUCAUGCACUGUUUAACCGAGAAUCUGUUAUCUUUAUGUCUGUAAAACAUGUACCACCCUAUUUGCUGCAGCCUGUCAUCCUACAUUAAUCUACCUACACUUGGAAAGUCUAGUCAGCCUUAUCUUGCAUCUUACGCCCUGUAAAAGAAUUUAUGACUUUUAACCGUAAGUGCAUUUUGUUUCAAUGUGGUCUGCACUUUAUCUACAGAACAUGCAGUUCCCUGGCUUUGUGUCUUUGCAUUUAACCAAAAAGAUGCAUGUGAUAAAAUCACAGCAACACUUACAUGUGUUCUUUCUGUGAAGUGAAGUUGUAUGUAUCCUCAUGUUUUUACACAUGGAAUAAAAGUGUGUGGUUUGCAAA